GUAAGGAACCCAGAAUCUGGGUUUCGUAGAACCCAUUGAGAAGAUGGAGGAUGGUGAAGAUGUAGGAUGUUUUGAAUCUUCUUCUUCUUCUUCUUCUUCUUCUUCUUCUUCUUCUUCUUCUUCUUCUUCUUCUUCUUCUUCUUCUUCUUCUUCUUCUUCUUCUUCUUGUGGGCUUUUUGGGUUAGUUGUCUUUUCUUUCAAGGGUAUUGUAUUCUUCUUAGAUUGGGAUAAUCCUUGAAGGGGUUAAGUGAGUUGUUGAGAUUCACUUGUGAGGGUGUACUCUUGCCCCUUGAAGCAAGAGUGUGAAGGUUUAAUCUUGCACCCGCAAGCAAGAGUUUGUUCCAAUUUAAUCUUGCACCCGUAAAUAAGAGAAUCCUAGUGGAUUGAUCUCUCGAGUAAAGAGGCUUGGGGAGUGGAUGUACUCCGGGUUGGAGGAACCACUAUAAAUCACGGCUUGAUAU